AUGAGGAUACCAACGCUGCUCGCGGCCGCAGCCUUCGCGUACGAAGCCAGCGCGCAGGACCGGUUCAUCCUCGGCUCGUCGAAUGCGCUCACCGUCUCGCGCAUGGACCCCAUCAUUUCGCCAGGCGCAUUCGGAGGGCACGUCCACCGCGUCUACGGAGGGUCUGCUUUCAGGAGCUUUGUCAUCACUGCAACACAUUGUUGGCUUAUUGUCUUGGCGGGUGUGUCGAGGUGCGUGCUCGGCACAGAUAGCAAGACAAGACAAGACACUCAGCCACCUACUGCCACAGCCUCUCCUAGUCUCCCUCUUAUCUCGCGCUCGCUCCGCUCGCGGUCGCUAACGCCCCCAGACGUGCUCAACGACCCACAAGACCAGCUGGACAAGUCGCACUGCAGCACCGUCAAAGUCCUAGCCGACAAGUCAAACUACUGGGUGCCGGCGCUGUACUUCAUAAACCCGAACGGGACGUACAGCAUGCUGAACGGGGAGCCGCGUAUCUACUACCUGCUAGACUUUGACAAGUCGCAGCCGUUGGCCGCGUUCCCGCCGGGCCUGCACAUGAUCUCUGGGUUGGCUAUGCGCCGCGACCCGGGCGCGAAGCAAGCACAGGGCAUCCAGCUCACCGUCGACGCGUACCUGAACGUGCCGACGAACAACCAGUUCAUCCCGAACGGCACGGUGCACCCCGAUCCGCCAGGACAGGGGUAUGUGCAGCUGAACGUGCGGUUCCCCAACUGUGGGUGGGCGAACCAGUCGCUGGAUUCCUGGGACCAUUUCUCCCACAUGGCCUGGAGCGUGAACGACAAGGGCGAGUGGGACCCGAUGGGCCGCAAGUGUCCCGACACGCAUCCGAUUCGGUAUCCUCAGAUCUUUCUUGAGAAUUUCUAUCGUCUAGAGCCCUGGCAGAAGGACCAGUGGAACCGGACUGGGCCCAGUGUGAUCCUCGCGAACGGGGACACGACUGGGGCCACCUUCCACGGCGACUUUGUGAACGGGUGGGAGCCCGAGGUGCUCCAGCGCGCCAUCAACGAGUGCCGCACGGCAGGCGACGAUCUGGACAAGUGUAAAGCGUUCGACGGGCAGCUGCAGGACCCGUGGAACAAGACGACAGGCGCCCCGGCAGACAUGUACGACUGUCGCCUGCAGAGCCAGAUUCCGGCCGAGGACGUGGGCUUCUAUCGCCCCCUCGAGCAUCUCCCCGGCUGCAACCCGCGGUGGGACUGGGACGGGCCCACGGACCACCGCUCGAUUACCGAGGGCCGCGACGCAUGCCCCUGGUUCGAGGGCGAGCCGGGCUGGACCUCCCCGAACCUCCAGUACUGGGCGCAGCGGGAGUACUCGUUCCCCAUCGUGCUGCCUGGGGUGGACUCGUCGAAUGUCUCGAACCUGGUCACGAGCGUGGGCCGGUGGCAGGGCACGGGCGCGCGCAUCGUGCCCUGGCCGACGGACCAGGACGGGGAGACGCCCCAGUCCGUCCCGCCCAACUCGAAGGGAUACCGCGGCGUGCUCGUCGGCUCGCAGGCCGAGGUCGACAAGGCCGCCAAGACUAAGGACGACAAGGACUGGCAGCCGAGCGUGUUUGGGUGGGACAGCCCCCCGGGACACUGGGAGCAGGAGAAGCCCGCGGACAGUCCGAAGCCGGCGCCCGUGGAUACGAAACGGUACGAGAAGAUGGCGGCCACAACGCACCAGACAGCCACUUAUGCCUGUGCUACCACCACCGCUUGGGCGGGCCUGCCCUGCGGCCCGGAGUAUGUCAAGGAUGCGCCAAAGGCGAAGGACGAGGAACACAAGAAGCACGGUGCGGGCACGAGAGUGCUGCCCAGUGUCGCGUGUGUGCUCUCCAUGCUCCUCUCGGUGGCCUAUGUUCUCGCAUAG